AUGAGUGCACCAGAUGAAAAGCUAUACAAUGUAUCACUCGGAAAAUCAUUUACAGACUCUUCAGAGAUGUAUCAUACUUUGACAUAUAAUAUAAGACCAAGAAGUUUAGAUACAUCCAAAGAAGGAUCAUUGAGAUCUCAAAACGGUCAUUUAUCUGUACAAUACCAUAGUGUAACUAUCAUCUAUCAAUCAAACCCUCCUUACUCUCAUCCCUCUCUCUCUCUUUCAUUGUCUUAUACUAAUAUUAUCUUUAAUGGUUCACAAAAACAAUGUAGUGACUUGGAAUGUAUAUUGGUAUUUGAGAAUGGAGAAUUUAGACUAGAGCGAUUAUCUUAUUCGGCAUCGAUUAGAAAAGGUGAUGUAAAGGCUGGAAGUAGUGUACUACCACCCAACUCUAUUCUAUCGGAUUCAGAAUCAAGUGGUAGUGGUGUCAUCACUUCACCAUCACUCUUUAACAACAACAACAGCAACAACAACAAUACUAGUAGUAGUGGCUCUAAAAAGAAAAAGGCGGCUGAUUAUGAGAGUUUAAGUACUACCUCUAAUAUAGCCAACCCUUCUUCCUCUAAUAAUAAUAAUAAUAAUGUAAAAAAACAAAAACUAAGUUAUGAAAUUGAAGAUGUGGAUGCUAUUCCUUCUCCAUCUUCUACGACGACGACGACAAGUAUAUCACAACAACCACCAACACCAUCAUCAUUCCUUAAAAAGAUGUCAUCUAAAAAGCCACCUGCUUCUACAUUUAAUCCACCUUUAUCCAAGAUGAUUACACCACCACCACCCGUCUCAAACAACACAAUCAAUUCGAUUAGUGGUCGAGGAGGUAAACGACCACCAGCCAAGAAACCAGCAUUGGCUCAAAGUAUGGAUAUGGAGGAUUUAGAAGAUCUUGCUAGAAUGAUAGAAUCAAGUUCUACCAAUAAUACAACUGACGAAUUAGAUGAUACUACCAUGGCAGAGUAUACUGGAAAUAACAAUAUUAAUAAUAAUAAUAAUAAUAGUAGUAGUAAUAAUAAUGCAGAUGAAGAUGAUGAAGAUAUUGUAUUUGAGGAGUUUAAAUUGGGACCAGAUGAAAUGAUCAUGACACCUGCAAGACCAAGUAAAGAUAUGGAGGAUUUCGAGAAUUUAAUCAAUGACACUGUUCCUCAUAAACCAACUAUCGUUGCUCCUCCCAAUCUAGCAAAUAAAGCUCGUCAACAACAACAACCUCCACAACAUCAACAACAAAAACAACAACAACAACAACAACAAUCAUCUCCACCUCCACCUCCACCUCUACCACAACAACAACAACAACAACAAUUCAGUGAUUCAAGUGAAAGUGAAAGUGAUUCCGACUCUGAAAGUGGAAGUAGUUAUUCUUCAUCUUAUGAUUAA